AUGAAAAAUGACUAUUUUAAAAGAUAUUCUGAUUCAUACAUGAUUGCUUUAAUUGGUAAACCAAAUGUCGGCAAAUCAACGAUAAUUAGGACUGGUCUUAAUAAUUUAGCACCAAUAACAAAUGUCGGAAAAGAAGAAAGUUUGGUGUAUGAGAUUGAUGUUGAUGAUCAUUCUUAUCCAGCCCAAGUGUUGGAAAUUCAAGAAAAUGAUUUACCAGAUAUUGAUGGAAUUUUAGUUUGUUAUGAUGUGACUUCAAGAGCAUCGAUUGCAAACAUAGCAUGGUUACUAAACGCGUUCAAAGAAUUCCAAGUACCGAUGAUAUUAGUGGCAUGUAAAGCAGAUUGUGAUGAAAUAAAAAGGUGA